CCCAACAUGGCGGCCUCCGUUGAUAACAGCAACUCCACAGCUGUGGAGGACGACCUACUUGAGCAGAAGAUGACUAGCUCACCCACUGAGGUGUUAAGUCUUGAACAGAAAAAAGUUCUUCAUGAAAACCAGCCUCAAGAUGGAGACUUACAAUCAGCUAACUCCACAGCCAACUCUUUUCAGUCAUGUAGCUGUGGGCCAUCAGUGCUAGCUGUCAGUUCACUUGAUGAGAGUAUGACACCAAAAGAAACUGUUGAUAAUUCUAAACCAUGCCUAGAAAAUCAAACCAAAGAAGCUGCCCUGCAGAUCCAAGAAGAAACCACAACACCUUUUGUAGAGAACUCCGCCUCCCAGCACAGCGUGGCCAACUCUCUGUCUGAGCUGAGCAGUGGAUCCACGUGUUCAGGCAGUUUAUCAACCAUCCCAGAACAUGGUACUGUCUCCAGUAGCACAGCACAUACCACGUCUGGAAACUCUGACCCUGCCUCCAGCACCGAGGUCUCUGCUGGCAGUAGUGAUGAUGUUUUCCAUGCAGGCGGCAGCAUGACGACGCAGCAGAGUUCAGGGUCGCUGGCCUCUAAAGCUGACUCGGAUUCUUGCCUAGCUGGUGGGAACAUGGCGUCAGAUAAAAAGCUUGAACACCAGAACUCUGAGGAGCGGCCGGUGCGUGAGAUGCUGGUCCGCAGGAAAAGGUCGACCAGCACGGAGACGAGCAGUGAGAACAGGCCAGUUCUGGAGACUCUGACGUUUAGUUCCAAGACAGAGGAGAAGCCUGCCAAACACGACUGCAGCAAAGCCGAAGGGGAACUGUGUAUGUGUCCCUGCCCUCUGUGUGACAGGUCCUAUCCUGCCUUUAACAAAGAGGACAUACUCGCUCACCUUGUCCUCAUGCAUAAGUUUGUUAUUGCUGAUGUAAACUACAUUGCCAAUCUUCCAGCUUACCUGAAGUACUGGAAGAAACGCAUGGAAGAAAAGCCAAUAACUGAGUUUUGUUCUAAAAUUGUCACAAACACUGGAGUGAAAGAUGAAGCUCCUAAAGAAGAGUUCUAUCUGUUGUGUGAUGCACUGCCAGAAGAUAAAGACAUCAGGGAACAUCUUCAAAGGAAAAAACUGGAGUCAGUUUUAGCUCAGCAACAAAGAGAGAGAGAAGAGACAAAGUUUUGUCGUCAAUGCUUGUUUUGCAAACAGACGUAUUGUGGAAACAGGGCUGUUCUGUUUGACCACUUGCUGAGAGAUCAUACAUUUCACAUGGGCCAGCCUGACAAUCUGGUCUUUACAGAUGAACUGUUUGAUCUGAUUCAAGCAAAACUUGACAAUCAGCUGUGUCUCUUCUGUGAGAAAUCAUUCAAAGAUAAAGCCAGCCUCAGGGAACAUAUGAGGAAGAAACAACACCGCAAGAUCAAUCCCAAAAAUAAGGAGUACGAUAGGUUUUAUAUCAUCAACUAUAUGGAAAUGGGUAAAAACUGGGAAAGUUUGCAGUCAGAGGACAAUCGUCUUGUGAAAACAAAUGACAAAACAUCGGAUGAAGAAGAUGAGUGGGCUGGAUGGGACGAGGAGUCUCAAUACAAGGUGGUCUGUCUGUUCUGUGAUACGUCCUGCGCUGUGCAAGCAGACCUACAGAAACAUAUGAAGGAAAAUCAUUGUUUUGAUUUGCAAGAAGUCAACCACAAACUACAGCUCAAUUUCUAUCAAAAGGUCAAACUUAUCAACUACAUUCGUCGUCAGAUCUACCACAAGACAUGCUACGGGUGUCAGGUGACAUUUGCUGACAAGGAUGAGCUCAACUCCCACCUAGAGACCAACACAGAUCACAUCAAGAACCUGCCUGAUGCCACCAUCUGGGACCAGCCACAGUACUUUUUCCCCACGUAUGAAGACGACUGCCUGCUGUGUCACCUGGAUGAUGACGAUGACGGUGCUGCCGGCGACGCCCAGGGUGUCACUAUCUACGCUGAGGACAUUCCUGUCGCUGACACCAUCCUAAAAGACCAAAAGCUGUGCCGUGAUUUACAGAAGUCUUAAACAGGGCUAGACUCUGAUACAAGUCAAUGAAUUCAUCAACUACUUACAUGGGAGCAUGGAUGAAACAAGCUUUAGCUCGAAUAUAUGCGCAUGUCUGCAACUUAGACUUUUUUUUUUUAGACUUCCUAGUUUUUUGUAGGUUUUUUUACUGAAGAUAUUUUAUUCCUUCACUUCCCCUGCUCUAUUAGGUUAUUUUUAUAAUAAAGCUGGUCUUUAGAGAAGCUAUUCUGGAAAUAUAUUCCCCUUAACUCUGUCCAUAUGUGAUAUAAAUGUGUUCAUCCUGGGCUGUUAUAUUUUAUAUCUGAGCAUUAUAUCCAAUGAUUGCUAUAAGAUGAAGAGCUAUGUGCAGAUGACAUACAUUUUAUGACUUACAUUUCUAUGUUGACAUAUCGUGUUUUCUGUAAUGAGAGUGGUGAUUUAUGAGCUACAUUAUAUAUCUGAUAUGGCACUUCAUUUCUAUUGUAAACACAUUUUUUAAAUCCAUUUUAUAGGGAGAACUGAAUUAGUGUACAGGUUUUUGAAGAUUGACAGAUUAUACUAGACUUUGUACACAUUUGGGCACCAUAGGGCAUUCUGGGGCAUGGUGAUGUCAGUAACUGCCAAAGUUGUUGUGUUGUCCUUGAUAAGUGGCCAGGGUACUUUGUUGUGUGAAUAGUGUGUUGUGCAGUGUUUGUUGUGUAAAUAGUGUGUUGUGCAGUGUGUUAGUGUUGAGUCGUAUACAAGAGAUUGAUGAUUAAAUGUGUCUCACUUGUGAGGUUUUCAAUGGCAAAACAAAACAGCCAAAACAUGACGAUAACAUUUUUUGGAGUUAAAUCAUUGUUAUAAAAUGUUUCUAUAACAAAAGGCGGAAUUAUUUUUGAACUAAAACAUCUAACGAAACAUUUCAUUCCCCAAAAUUUUGUAAUCCAGUUUCUAAUUGAGUUGUAUCAAGUCAGCCUAAUAGGGAAACUGCCUGGUUGUGGUACAACUCUGGUAGUAGUACAACUCUGGUAGUGGUACAACUCUGGUAGUAGUACAACUCUGGUAGUGGUACAACUCUGGUAGUAGUACAACUCUGGUAGUGGUACAACUCUGGUAGUGGUACAACUCUGCUAGCGUUACAACUCUGGUAGCGUUACAACUCUGGUAGUGGUACAACUCUGUAGUGGUACAACUCUGGUAGUGGUACAACUCUGGUAGUGGUACAACUCUGGUAGUGGUACAACUCUGGUAGUAGUACAACUCUGGUAGUGGUACAACUCUGUAGUGGUACAACUCUGGUGGUGGUACAACUCUGGUGGUGGUACAACUCUGGUAGUGGUACAACUCUGUAGUGGUACAACUCUCUGGUAGUGGUACAACUCUGGUAGUGGUACAACUCUGUAGUGGUACAACUCUCUUUAUGAUCAAGUGAAAUAAAAUGAAAGUUGAAGAUAGUGUUCCUUGUUUAUUUCUUGUUUAGCAAAUUUUGUUAAACCACGUUGAAUUUUUAGUUUUUUUUAAUUUGAAUCUUAACGGGUAAUUUUCUCAAUAUAGCAGACCUUAACGACUGCCUGAAUCUCUAUACAAGCUAAUUAAACAUGCAAGAAAUGAUAUUUUAAUGCUAGUCUAGUUUGAGAUAAAAACUUCCAGCAGAGUGUUCUUAAUGUUUGCUAUUUACAAUUACUUGUUGCGUUAUCAUUUUUUACUUGGAUGUUGCUUCUAUCAUCACAACGCAGAGUAGUUCUUGUUGUGAAACAGUUUUCUUGGGUUUUGGUUAAACUAAUUGUAGUCGAGUUUUAAGCAAUAGCUCAAAUAAUGCAGUUGCUUGAAAAUGUUUCUAAAUUAUUCACAUUUGUUUACUUUUUGUUUUCUAGUACACACACACAAAUUUGUUCACAAAUUUUGUUUUUUGUUAAUCUUAUUGAUUUAAAUAGUGUGCAAUAGUUUUGCACUUUUAAAGUCAUUUUUUAAAAUGUUUUAUAACAGAACUUACGUAUGUAGGUUUGCAUUUUUGUUUUAAUAAGCAAUUUUUUUUUCUGUAUGUUCAUAUUUUAAGUAUGAAAACAUGUUACUUUAUAACUUUAUGUUUAUUCUUUGAUGAUUUUUAUGAUAUACUCAAUUGUUUUUUUAUUUGUUAAGCUGUUUAAUAUUUUUUCACAACUUAUGCAAAUUUCCAAAGUUUGUGCACAGUAACAAAUUGUUUUGUGUUAAACUAUCUCGUAAGCCCAUAUAUUAUUUUAGUUAAGACACAUUAAAAAAUGCUAACUUUAUUUAGAAGUCAAAUAGCAGUUUAAUAUUAAGUUACAAUAUUCAGUUAUAUUGAAACACUUAGUUAACAAUUCAUACAAAUUUUAGAUAAAAUAAAUUUAAAAUCAAUUGCACUCAGUUAA